UGCGCGGUCUGUCUCGGAUGCAACCCGCAUCGCACAGUUGAGUGUUCCGCCUCCCGAACAUGGGAUAACCUCUUUGACAUCUUCUCUGAGUGCAUCAAGAAAGCGCUCUGGACCAAAGACGGCCACCAGCUAUGCACUGCCUGGCAAUGCGAAGAAAGUUGUGACAGCACAUACCACAGCCACAAACACCUCUGUUCAGGCUGCGGAUCUUCCGAGCAUGGAGCCCAGCGCUGUACUUGUGCUCAGAAAACUUAA